GUUAGAGGAGGAAUAUGGAGGAAGGUAUGGAUGAAUGGAGGGAGGGAGCCAGAUGCUGUGGCGUAUGUAGACGCCUGGUGUGUGUGUGUGUCAGCUCGUGUGUGAGCUCGUGCCCCUCCCUCAUUUACACCGCGGGGCGGAGACACCAGAUUCCGCUUAGGUUUUUAAAAGCGUCUGUUGUAACGUGUUUCUCCAGGAGCAGUCCGAGGACCAGGUUCACAGGCUGGAGAGAGAUCCACAGACUGAGGGAACAGAGAAACCAGCAGCAUCUUGUCGUAUUUUUUAGUUGAUCUACUCCUCUCUGUCGGGUAUUGUGUAGGAAGACGUGGCCAACUCAGAGCUCUGCUCCUCCUGCUGCUGCCGCCACCAUUUCCGGAGUUCUGACAACAUUCAAUGAGCUCUUUCACAUAGAAGUCCCAGUGUAAAUGAUUCUGUCUCUUACAGUUGAGCUGGACCUACGAUGGGAAUGACCGAUCUCUCCGUUCUUUGAAUGUAAAAAUUGUUCUCUUCAGUAGACAAGAAGCCUGAGACAUCUUGUGCAACUUGAUUCACUUCAUGAGGGUCAUCGGAUGGAUUAUUUAGACCUGAACUUUAAUUCCAGAUAGAUAUUCCCUUAAGAAAUGGUGGAUGUGUCUGUUCCCAUAUAAAAAGACACCAAACCAAAGAUAUAACAUAUCGCUUUUGUUUUUGCAUCAUUUGCAUCUUUCCUUAAAAAAGAAACUGCAUUAAAUAUAUGUGACUAUUAUAUAACAUUUAAACAUGGCGGCAUCAAUGGAGGUAGCAGACAUUGCAGUUGUUGCACUUUAUUUCAUCCUUGUCCUUGGCAUUGGCUUCUUUGCUAUGUGGAAGGCCAACCGCAGCAGUGUAAGUGGUUACUUCCUGGCUGGACGAAAUAUGAACUGGUUGGUGGUUGGCGCAUCACUGUUCGUCAGCAACAUUGGCAGUGAGCAUUUUAUUGGCCUGGCUGGCUCAGGGGCAGCAAGUGGUUUUGCUGUAGGUGCCUGGGAGUUCAACGCGCUCAUUCUCCUUCAGCUUUUGGGCUGGGUAUUCAUCCCAGUUUAUAUCCACUGUGGGGUGUACACAAUGCCAGAAUACCUCUCAAAGCGCUAUGGAGGAAAUCGGUUAAAGGUGUACUUUGCCGGACUUUCCCUUCUGCUGUACAUCUUCACCAAAUUGUCAGUGGACUUGUAUGCAGGAGCUCUUUUCAUCCAUGAGUCCCUAGGCUGGAAUCUCUACAUUUCAAUCAUUCUGCUCAUUGCCAUGACAGCACUGCUGACAGUAACAGGUGGCCUGGUUGCUGUAAUCUACACUGACACCAUUCAGGCCAUACUUAUGAUCAGUGGAGCUCUGAGCCUUACAGCCAUCAGUAUGAUCAAGGUGGGCGGACUAAAUGGUGUUAGAGAGAAAUACAUGGAGGCUGUUCCAAAUGUCACUGCCAUUCUUGCCAGGUACAAUUACAGUUUUGAGUACACCAAUUCCUGUCGUAUCCACCCAAAGCCGGAUUCUCUCAAGCUCCUACGAGGGCCUCUUGAUGAGGACAUCCCUUGGCCUGGGUUCCUGUUAGGCCAAACUCCAGCAUCCAUCUGGUACUGGUGUGCUGACCAGGUCAUAGUCCAAAGAGUACUUGCUGCUAAGAACAUUGUCCAUGCAAAGGGCUCCACCCUAAUGGCAGGCAUGCUGAAGAUUCUUCCCAUGUUCAUCAUUGUUAUCCCAGGAAUGAUCUCCAGGAUACUGUUUGCAGAUGAGCUGGCAUGUAUUAGCCCUGAGCACUGCAUGGCAGUGUGUCAAAGUCAGGCUGGCUGCUCUAACAUUGCCUACCCCCGACUGGUCAUGAGCGUAAUGCCAGUGGGCUUAAGAGGAUUGAUGAUGGCUGUUAUGAUCGCUGCACUCAUGAGUGACUUGGACUCUAUCUUCAACAGUGCCAGCACCAUAUUCACCCUGGACAUCUACAAGAUGGUGCGCAAGUGUGCCUCCUCUCAAGAGCUGGUUCUCGUCGGCCGAUUGUUUGUGAUCAUCAUGGUUGGCAUCAGCAUUGCUUGGGUACCAGUUAUCAUUGAGAUGCAAGGUGGUCAAAUGUAUUUGUACAUCCAAGAAAUGGCAGGAUACCUUACACCACCCAUUGCUGCACUCUUUCUACUUGGAAUCUUCUGGAAGCGUUGCAAUGAAACGGGUGCCUUCUGGGGUGGCAUGACUGGCUUUGUUCUGGGUACCACACGUCUUAUCCUUAGUUUCAUCUAUCGUGAGCCUCGCUGUGAUCAGCCAGAUGAGCGACCGGUCUUCAUUACUCAUGUCCAUUAUAUGUACAUAGCUGCUGGGCUGUUCUGGAUCUCAGGUCUAAUAGCUGUGGUAGUCAGUCUUUGUACUCCUCCUCCAACCAAAGACAAAACUGAGCGCACCACCAUGUGGGGACUCCGCAAAAUGCAAAAGCUCCAAGUGACUGAGCGGAAGGAGAUGUACAAGCUGACAAAUAAAAGUUCUGCCCUCUGCAAUGGUAACUUUCAACAAAAAGACCUGUCUCUUGAUGUCCAUAAAGAAAAGUGUCUUGAUGGAUCUGAAAUUAAACUCCUCAUGCCUCGCCCUAGUGAAGAGGAUCCUACAACCCCCAGCACAGAGGCACCAACCCCAGUGGAGACAUACUGCAAUGGGCAUGCAGAGUUGGUAGAGCAAAAAGAUGAAGACAAAAGCGAGUCGGGGUCAUUCUUGUGCCUUUUUGAUUGGAUUUGUAAACAUAAGGGAGAGACAGCAGCAUCAACAGCAAAAGUCAGUGAAGAAGAUGAAUUUAUCAUCAAGGAGAUGCUUUAUGAACCCCCCAAAAUCAAGAUUUUAUUAAACUGCUGUUUGGUGGUAGUCUGUUCUGUUGGUGUCCUCAUGUUUAUCUACUUUUCCCUGUAACCUUUUACUCAUUGGACACAUGUAUGAUCUAAAAGCUAUGUGGGUUCUGCAGAAAAUAAUUCUAGCUUUUAUAAGAAGGGCUUCCUGGAUUUUUUUUUUUUUUAAGAUUUGUUUGCUCCAUUGUCUUUGAAACAUAUCACAAAAUGUGUGAAUCUGUUACACCCAAACGCACUACUGAUACUGGACUGUCUUAUUUUAAUAUGUAUUAACUGUAAAAUCUGUGAAUUCUGCCUUAUUUAUUGUUAGCACUUCUUUAUCAAACAUCAAGCAUUGGAGGAAGCCUUGUAUAUGUGUCUUGUAUAUGCAUUUAUAAUUGUUGAUUACCCAUUACAAUGUAUUAUAUCUAAACUCAAGUAGUAAAUGUGUCACCUAUAUUAUUCGAAUCCUUUCAAAUCCUGAAGCGCAUAGUAAAUAUCACAAAAUUUGAAUGAAUAGAUUUAGGCCACACAGAAGUAAAGAGGGAAAAUGACACGUUUCAUGUACAAUUCUGCUUUUCACUGCUCUAGAACAUAUUUUGAAAUCUGCCUAAACAUAGCCAUCUUUCUAAAUGCUAGUCAGUGUUUAGUCAUUGUACCACUAGUACACUUUUAAUAGGUUUUUCUUUUACUAUACCAUUGAAAUGAUCAACUCUAAGAGCAAUGCUGUGUGCACAUGUACAUAAAAUCUAUUAUUUACCACUGAAAUGCCUUCUUUUUAUGUAUAAAUCCCCAUUUGGGGAUUUAUGAAAGUCAUAUGUAAAAUUCUGGUUACAAUUGUCACCACUGAAAGAUAAACCAGACAAGCACAGCAUGCAUUACUGGGGAUGUCAAAUGAUUGGCCACCCUGAACAAAUACCAGCGAGAAACAUCUCCGCAAAUCAUGGUGAAGUUCAAAUUUGAGUUGUAUGUGAAAGCAUAUCACCUAUCCCAUGACUAAGCUUGGGGUGUCCAAUUUUGAUUGCUGUGCAAAAUAUUUAGUUCUUCUAGAGGAAGAAUUUCUUUUUGUGAUCUUUGUGGGAAAAGGUAUUGUCUGUUAUACUGAUUUUAAAUACACUGUUUAGUAAAAACAGAAAAUUGGUGUUUUUGGGUAUAUAGGGAUACGAAAGGCAAUUGACCAAAGCUGACUCUUUUGCAGUCAGAAAUUGGUAUUAUAUCACUGGUUAAAGCUUUUUCAUAUAUUCUGCUUUUCAGGUUGUCUUAACUCAAGUUAAAAAAAAGCCCUAAAAGGCCAUUCUAUAUGCCAGAAUAGCUAAAAUUAGAAUUUUGAAUGCUGAGUAAGCAGAUCACAGUUAUUGUAUGAAAUACUAUUGUUUAGACAAUAAACACCAUGUCACAAAUUGAAUGAGUGGGAUUCUAGUCUGGACAAAAUUGCCUUUUUGAUUAUUUUCCCCCACAUCGUUUUUUCUAUGUUACUGGCAAAUCUGUAAAUGGGCACAACUGGAUUAGUUACAAUUUGGAAUUAUUCCUUAUUUUUUGGUCCAUGAAUGAAUGUGAAUGAAUGGCAAAAUAAAAAAUAAAAUAUUGAAUUAUU